GUCAGUGCGAGUGGAUCAACAUCCGUGGUAACAGCGGGGCUUACCAUCAUGUUUUCCGUGAGAUUAACAGAGCAGGGGAAGUAUGGCUUCACUUUGGCAGACUGGGACAAAACUGGAACUAUAGAGAAUCAAUUGCAAACUUGGAUCCUAUUGUAUUGCUCCAACAGAGACAUAUCGACGCAAUCUCGGACUUUCAUAUUCUCGAUUACGUCAUAGACUCUGAUGUUAAUUUCCACGUUAGGGCAGAUGAUAGUUUUAACCCAAGCCUCUUAAAAGUUUCCAAAGUUUCAGACCCAUCUCGCCCUUUUGAUAUAAAAGUGGGAGCAGGGAGAGAUAAUACGAAUUUGAAAUUUUCAACGUUCGAUAGGAUCAAUUGUUGGACACAUUCAUCCCAUCCACUCACUGGCCAAUCAUGUGGGCUUUUAAACAAACCCCCAUUGAAUCAAAACACUAAACCCAUUUUUAUUUGGCAAGCUCUUUUCAGACCUACAGAUUCAUUGCUCGGGGCACAGGCGCCCAAUAAGAACGGUGUACAUUGGAAGCGUAAUAUGUUUACUUGGGCUGGUACAAAAUAUGUUGUUAAAAUCAAAAUAGAAGAUGGACUUGUCGAUAAUAUGAAGAUUUGUCGAUAAUAUGAGCGUCAAUAAAAUAUCGGGAGAUAAAAAGUAAGCAA